UUUCCUCCCAGGCGGUCCUAGGAGGCCUUUCUUCGCCGGUGGUUGAGUCAGUUUUCCUCGCCACCUGUGACAGCUCUUCGCAGACGCCCGCGGCUUAGCGCCUGCGCGGACUGCGGGCGUCCGUCACCAUGGCAACGACAGCUGGGGGCCCUGGAUCUUGGAGUGAAAAUAUACUGCAGUAUUUUCUGAGAAAUAACCAGAUCACUACAGAAGACGGUGCCCAGAUCACUUGGUAUCAUGCAGCCAACCACAAGGCACAGCUGAAGGAGGCGCUGAAAAGUACUGCUCACAUGAUAGAGGCUGAUGUCCUCCUUGCAAGUAAUGGGUCAGACCAUGGCCAGCCAAUCAUGGCUCAUCCUCCUGAAUCAAGCAGUGAUAAUACUCUACAGGAGUGGCUGACUGAAGUUGUGAAAAGCAAUAAAGGUAUCAAGCUGGAUUUCAAGAGUCUGGCAGCUGUAGAACUGUCCAUGGUGCUCUUGGAAAAUGUGAAGAGGCAUCUGAGGCGUCCUGUGUGGAUUAAUGCUGAUAUUCUUCCUGGUCCGAAUGGGAAUAGCAGAGUAGUGGAUGCAAAACCUUUUAUAGACACUGUGACAUCCUUCUUUCCAGACUUGACAUUUUCCCUGGGUUGGACAACAGGAUGGCAUCCUGAGAAAGUCAAUGAAGGCUACACUUGGACAAUGGUGAAGGAAAUGGAAUGCAUCUGUAGUGAACUCAGUCAGCCUGUAACAUUUCCUGUCAGAGCAGCAUUAGUCAGGCAGUCUUGUUCUCAGUUACUCUGGCUGUUAAAGAAAUCAAACAGGUACAGCCUGACUAUUUGGACUGGAAAAAAUGAUAACUAUUCCAUUGAAGAUUUGCUUUGUAUAAGAGACCAUUUUGAUAAAAAACGAGUUUUCUAUGAUAUCUUGGAACCACAAAAUAAUGAAUUUAAACAAGCCAUUGGAAUCAAUGUCUAAGAAGAAGAUUCUUCUAAAUUAUUCAUGGUUUGGUUUCAUAAUCCUUCUCUGCUUUGGUCUGAAUUAAUUACCAAUAAAUUAUGAUGAUUGA